AAGAUUGGGGAACAGUAGCAUGUCGCAAUGCGUGCGUGUUUUGUAGGUACGUCAAGUGGUUGUGAGAAUAGGCGACAGCUGUUUAGUAGUUGGUGCUCUGCAGGUCACAGAGAUUGACAUAUAAUUCCAAGUCAGCAGCAGAAUAUUCCACCAAAAUGUGACAUUCAGUGAUGGUCUAAUGGUUUGCAUAUUUCAGUACAAAGGCAGGCAGAGCGCUAUACAGUUCACGCCUCACUAUGUAUUUCACGACCACAUAAUUCUGCAACAUGAACUAACUCCUAGAAAAGGGCGUCCUGUUCACAGUGACGAAAUAAAAAACCGUAGAUAUGUCUACGACGAUAACGCUUGGUCAAGACUAUUUACCUUUGCAUCAUAAGAAAAAAGGAUAUACACUAUCAAUACCAUUCGGUAAAGUGGCUUGGGUUACUGUUUCCUUGCCGUUGACAAGUUUUAUCUUCUGUGUAAUAUGGUCAAUAUUGUUUAACUUUGAAAGAUCAACCUAUACGCACUGUCAGGUAAAAAAUUACCUGCCUUCCAUCUCAGCUGCCAUUGGUGUAUUUACCCCACAGCGAUAUGUAUGGAGGACAGCAAUAGCUGUACAUGCACUACCUAGACUGCUUGUUGCAAAGAUGUACCACCGAUAUUAUCAGAGUGUUCUAUAUCCAGGGAUACAUUUUCUUGCUGCCAUUGCUUGUUGGCUCAAUGUGAUGGAGAAUUUAGCUCUAAUAGGUUUAACUUUUAUAUCAUCAGCAGAAAAUUAUGCUAUACAUGAGAAGUGCUUUAUCACAUUUAUGAUAACAUCAGAGCUUUACAUGUUGCUGACAUGCUACUUGCUCAGAAAAUUCCGCAGAUUUCCUCCUGAUAAUGUUGAAUCAAGGUCAUUGAAGAUUAAACAUCAACUCUUAGUGAUAAACUUAACAUCAUUUGCCAUGGCAGGGUAUUUCUUUAAGAGACACAAUUGGUACUGUGAACCUGGAGUGUACUCCAUCUUUGCUUUCUUUGAGUACAUAGUUGUACUCACCAACAUGGCAUUUCACAUGACUGCAUUUUGGGACUUCCAUGACCGCUCACUGGAAGUGGGACCACUUGGCUUCGGUCACAGCUGACAGUAUGAGAUGCCAGCCGAGCACACACAAUAACAAGUAGAGCAGUCCACCCCGGCAACUGGCAACUUGGUAGAUACCACAAGUGUUCCCUGUUCAAUAGCCUUCCCACAUGAAUUGUCACAUCAAGCUCCACUCUAUAUUGAUGAUGAACUGGGCAGCAUACAGUUAUCUGUUGAUUUGCCAUUAGAACAGAUUCCAGUACCAGCAAGCCCUGCAACAUUUCCUCCAGUCAGUAUGAUGAGGGAUGCUUUGCCAAAUGACCAGUGUUGCCAUUUUUCAUCUGAGAGAGGCAUCCAUUCAAGAGAUUAUCUUCCUGCAUAUCAACAGUAUGUUUACAUGAUAGUUGACCACACUGUAUUGGGAACUAGAGUGUAACCUCCCGUAUAUGAAAGAAAGUAUUUAUCACUACAACAAUACAAUUCUGAAUGAAAUUUGUACCUAAAGAGCAUGUGCUCAUAAAGCCAAAGCCGAGGUGUGACUGCUGACUAUUACGUGUCUGCUUUUGACAAAUGUGACUGAAUACUUAUUGAUCUCAAAUGUGAUGGUGAUAUUUUUAAAGUGUGGAAGAUUCCAUUGUGUAUGGUUGUGGUAAUUGAAUGUAUACACUAAUAUUUUUAUAUUUUUAAUUAAUAACUUUUGUAACUCUUGCAGUGGUACUUAAAGAUAAAUGUUCAUAUUGAAGGAUACCUUUUGGUACUGUGAAAAAUAUUUGCCACUAGCAAAAGUAGCUGACACCCCAGUCUAUCCUGUAGAAGCUAGUCUCACCUUCAACUCAGAACUGUAAAUUAUUGUCAAAUCUUCUAGUACAUCCAUAAUAGCUGAGCAAGAAUUACACAUAUGUUUUGGGUUAGUACAUUUUGAAGUUUACUGUCUGCUACAAAUUUUGAUACUAUAAUUUAUUUAUAAAAGCCUUCUGGUGUCAUAUUGCCUUAUAGGUCAAGAGUACUAGGUGUGUGUUUAAGAGUUUAUCUCAUGUUCUGAUCACGUUUUCACCAUUGUCUCUUAGGCUUUGAUGUUUCAACUGCAUCACAUAACAACAAAAAAUUUUGAUGUCAACACAUAUUUUUAAAUUUUACUUGAACUAAGAUGUAGAUUAUCUCACAAUGUAUAAAUGUGAACAAAGAGUCUUUAUUUCUGUCAAAUUAUUGUUGAUAUCACAAUGUGCAAUUGUGAAUAAAGAAAAUCUUUAUUUCUGUUAAUCUUUUAUCACUAUAAUAAUCUAUCAAAACAAAACAAAAAGCUUUAUUAGGUAAUACAGUACAAAUACUGUUGUGGUAUGAGUCAUUAUAUGUAAGGCCAAGGUGGUUUGCUAAAAAAGUAAAAUCUGUUGUGUACGCUACAUACUGUUGCAUAGCUAACAUGACAGUGGCAAAAAAUCAUCAGGUUAUCAAAAAGUGUUACAUGCUCUGGCUAGUAUGAUGUUUCUGGUAGAAUAUUAAGAUGAUGUGCUGAAUUGAUAGGAUUACCCUUAGGCUAUCUUUGCAAUCAGUCAAUGACUUGGAGCAUAUUUCUUGAAUGACUUAAAUAUGUUGUAGUAAGACCUAUCUAUAAAACUGGAGAGGAAGAAACUAGCCCUAUUUACACAGCUAUUUUGCUUCUUAUGAUCUUUUCAAAAAAUAUUCAAGAUUUUUUAAUGACAGAAUACUGACUCAUCUAACUGAGCAAAACUUGCUGACCGCUUCUCAGUUUGGUUUUAGUAUAGGGUUGACACAACAUACAGGACUUCACAAGUGAAAUGCUAGCAUAACUAAAAAGAGAAGUUUUCCUGUUGGUAUUCUGCGACAUUAUCAAAGCCUUUGAAUGGAUCAUACAACACUACUUCCCAGUAGACCAAAUGGCAAUUUAAUUUUUUUUUAUACAGAGUGUAUCAUUAUAGUUAAUGGUGUAAGCACACACAGUUGAAAUCAUCUUCACUACUGUGAAACACAUCUCUUCUGCUGAAAAAGUGCUCUUAGCUCUUAAGGGAUGCAUUUUAGAGCCCGAGGCCAUGUUGACUGACUUUGUUUUUCUAGUAUCAUGUACUUUCAACUGUAUGUAUUUUUGCCAUUAAUUAUUAUACACGCUGUGUUUAGGGUACGUGAAGUUCAAAGCUCAGAUAUCAUUCAUGUAUAGGUGU